GGGACCUACAGCGGGCGCGGCGGCGGCGGCGGAGGCGGUGGCCUGCGGCCGGCGGUGUAGACGCCCCUUCCCCGGAGCCGGGAUCCGCCGGCCGGUGUUGCCCGGAAUAUCAGAGAAUUGGGAACGAUCCUAUUUUGGGAUCGUCCACCUACUGUGGUGGUUUAUAAACAAGGAUAACUGACUAUGCCCCCCAGGAAGUCACUGGUUCUCCGCCAAUUAUGAAGUUAAAUGAAGGAUGGCCCCUAAGGAUUUUAUCAUGUGAAGUCUUGCUGGAUUUUCUGGCUUUCUCUUUUUAGAAAUGCAAAUAAAGAAGAUGAAGGAUAUUGGACAGCAGUUAUAUACCACCCAAGGGAAUAACGGACAUAAUUCCUUGACCAUGUCACCCAAACAACCGAAUGCUAAUAGAGUGAUUCGACCAGAUAGACAAGAAGCGCAAGCUCUUUUGUGUCAAGGCUCAGAGGCCGAGGCUGCCAUGAUGACCAUUGCUACGUGUGCGAAGUGCAAAAGUGUUCACAAAAUCCCGCUUCAAGAUUUGAAAAAGGCUACUGGGCCAAGCCAGAAGGAAGACAAAUAUGUUUGCUUCAAAUGCAACCUCGGUGUGGCUACUCCCCAUUUUCAUUUUGUGAACAGUAAUCCCAGUGCUACUCCUAUAGGAAAUAAAGCCGAAGCCAUCGCUGGUUCCGUUAAUAAAUUUAAGGUAAGGAACUUCAAGCCAGGCAAAUACUAUUGUGACAAAUGUCGGUUUUCCACAAAGGACCCUCUGCAGUACAAAAAGCACACUCUUCAACAUGAAGAGAUUAAAUUCAUCUGUUCUCACUGCAGCUACAUUUCCUACACAAAAGGGGAGUUCCAGAGGCAUCUGGUGAAACACACAGGCAUAUUCCCAUACCAAUGUGAGUACUGUGACUAUGGUGCUAUUAGGAAUGACUACAUUGUCAAACACAGGCGGAGAGUACACGAGAGGGUCGGGGGAAGGCGGCCGCCCAAAACUGUUGCCAAGCUGGAGCCAAGAAGAACCAACACAUCGAAACAAAACACAGAGCUCUUAAAACCUCCCAAUCCAAGGACUGCAUUUCCAAAUAAGUUGUCCGAUCAACUCUCAAGGUUCUCCCUCCAUACAAAUAAAGACAAAAUGCACAAUAUUAUGUUGUUGCCUGAAUCAAAGGAAUACCAAAAAGAUGUAGUGUGUAUUCCGAAUAAAGUGACCCUUUCGGAGCCCAACGAGGGCAGUGUGUUUGAGAACCAAAGCGUGGAGGUAGAAGUGUUGUCCCCGGCAAAAGAGCCGGUGCAGCCGGGAAUGCCGUUAACAGUGGUGGCACCGGCAGAACUCGUCGUCCCUGCCAACUGCUUGGCCCAGUUGAUGGAUGUGAAGGUCGUCAACGGGACCCAGCAGCUUGUCCUCAAACUGUUUCCUCUGGAAGAAAGUAACCGCCCUGAAGCUGCUGGGAGUGAAGGGGGUGAUUCUGAGCAUAUGACUAAAGAGAAGGGUUCGGUCGGACCAGGAAAAAUGGUUUCUGCAAGCCAAACGAAGUCCCUGGCGAUGGAAGGGCAUGUUGGGAAACUGACAGGCAUUGAUAAUCUUCAGUCGUCAGUUCAGAAACAACUUAAAAAUGUGAAGUGGGUCAGGUCUUAUGAUUUUUUCAUGUCAAAUUCUAGUGCGCACAACCGUGGAGAAUCCCUCCUCAACCUGGACACAGUUGAGGAUUUCCAGAAAAAUAGUAUGUAUCCACAUAGACCGGCUCUUCCUUCUCUCUCCUUGAAAGGUCAUUCUCCGGCAUCUGUAGCAAAAAACAGUGUUUUCCACAGUCUCGGCACUGCGUCCAGCCCUUUCCCUUAUAAAGCUGCUGUUUCUUUGGCUGAAGAUGGAAGGAACCCGCAUGGCGACUUGCAGCAGUUACUUCCCCGGGCUGUGUCACCUGCAACCAUGUCCUUCUCUGGAGAAAAGCGCUUGUUGCCUCUAAGUCCCAAUAGCUUGGAAUCCAGAAAGGAGAUCAGUAUUCCUGUAAAAAUGGUUCCCUCUCAUAGGAAGUCAAAAGACAAGCAGAUGGAGGAACCCAAGGCAGUUUCAAAUACAGGCCAGAUUUCCUCUCAGCCUAAAAGCGAGUACUUGCACAUAAAUAUAUCAGGAGACGAUAGAAUCAGGUCUCAGCCACCCAGGGAGGAGCCUUUGGAAUUAAAGAAUCCUGAAAGGACUAAGGACUCUUUCGAUGGUCCAGUCAUCUCAUCAGUAUUUUCUCUGAGCUCUGGGUCUGAAAACGUCCCUGAGGGUGUUAAGUGGAAUAGCUCAACGUCCAAAAUAAAGUCAAUUGAACUCUUGCGCAGAAAGAUAGCUCAGUUAAUCGAAUCCUGUGGCAAGCCGUCAUCUUUGUCUGCAAAUAACGCACAUCGCCGUUCUGUAGGGCAGGCAUCAAAGGGAACUUCGAAAGCUGCUCCUGAAGGUAUUCACGAAAUUAACGUGUCAUUUACUGGCCCUGGCUAUUCCACAGGCACGCUCCCAAAACCUCAGGAUGAUGGUGGUCUUAAUGGGCCGCUCACCCAACAGCAAAUCUAUCCACAGUUUAUAGAAGGCAGCAGUGGGAAAACUGAAAGCAGAGUAACCAGGAACGCCCAUGUUGCUACUCCAGUGUUGAUCCCCAAAGGAGCUGUGUUGAGGGUUCUUAAUUCUUCAGAAGACGCCCACAUUAUAGAGGCAACGUGCGAAGCACCCGUCAGCAUACCUUGCAGUGAGAGCCAGUUAAUAAAACCCAUUCCGUUCUGCCCAGUGAGACAGACAGACUCAGACUUACAGUCUUUGACAAGUGAAAGCGGGCCAAUAAACAUGUCCCAAAAUCUUGAUAUACCUCUUCGGCCAAAACCAAGAAAAGAGAGUGCUAUUUGUGGCACCAUGCCUAAAAAAACUAGCCCCUGGCACGGGCAACAAGGAAGCAGUGAACUGAGUAAGCAAGGCAAACUGCUUUCCAGAAGUCUUCCCAUAAGUAAAAAUAAAACCAAACAAGUGAACUCAUCCAAGAAGAAAAGCAAAAUCCAGGCCGAUCCCAGCCACUAUCUCAAGGAUCCUUCAAUUUUUCAGGUUGCAAGACAGCUUCGACUGAUCGCCGCUAAACCAGACCAGUUGAUUAAGUGCCCCCGUCGGAACCAGCCCGUCAUUGUGUUAAACCAUCCUGAUGUUGACUCUCCAGAAGUCUCCAAUGUGAUGAAGGUAAUCAACAAGUACAAAGGCAAUGUCCUCAAAGUCGUCUUAUCGGAGAGGACUAGGUGCCAGUUAGGCAUCAGACGGCAUCACGUUCGCCUGACCUACCGCAACGUGGAGGAGGCCAAUCAGAUAAAAAGGCAGAUGAUGUUGAAAAUGAAACUUAAGAAAGUGCAUAAAAACAACUACCAGGUGGUGGAUUCCUUGCCUGAUGACUCAUCACAGUGUCUAUUUAAGUGCUGGUUUUGUGGGCGGCUGUAUGAAGACCAGGAGGAGUGGAUGAGUCAUGGCCAACGGCAUUUGAUAGAGGCAACCAGAGAUUGGGAUGUUCUUUCUUCCAAGGGCAAAUAAGUAAAAAACGGUCUUUGAAGCAAAUUGUUUUUCUUACUUUUAGUUUAUUCUAGUUUGUUUGUCCCCCGCCCCCCGACUCAGUAGGGGAAAUACAGAUCGUAGGAAUGGGAGGACCGCUCAUUCUUCAGAAACCUUGUAGGAAUGUUGAGAGCCAGGAGUCUUAACCUGAGAUAAGAGACUGGACCUUGGAAGGUAUUGGAAGCCCCUGAAAUAGUAUGCACAAAUCUAUACAUGCAUUUUUCUGGAGAGAAGUGAAACUUCCAGAUUUCCAAUGGGAUCUGAGACUUUUCUUUGUUUAGCACCCCUUUUUUCUGAGUAGGUACAAAUUUUCUGUGAUCAGAGGGGCAAGUUUAGAGUGUUUUACACAUUGCAUACAAAAUGCUACUGAGGAAUUAAACCCUAUCUUGGUGUGCACAUCCGUUUUUUUCUGCAUUAACUCAUGUGCUGCAUAUUUGGUACAUAAUGGAAAUUAUACUUUCUACUUUGUUAUCUUAAAUUUGGUUAUAGAAAAGUGGCUAUUCUUUGAAACUCCUCACCCACUCGGCAGUACUCAGAAUUGUUGUCUUUAGCACAGAGCAUUGUGGUUUUGUUGGCCACUUUAAAGAGUGAUUCCAAGGGUUUGCCUGAGCAGUAGAUGUUAGGGGAGGAAAGAAACAUUUUUAAACCUUUGCUUUCUAUUUGAAUGUCCUGAUUUAUGACAGUUGGGGAGGAAAUGUGCCUUUAAAAAAAAAAAAAAAAAACGGCAUGGUCACAGAGGGAAAAUAUCUAAAAGUAAGGCUCCUGUUUGCCCGUACCACCCUCACAAACAUAAAGUAACCAAUUUAAAAUGUGAAUGAACAGGCUUCUUACGACAUAGAUAAAACUGGGGAAGACAGUUCAAGGUAGGAUUGUGAAGAGACUUACGACUUUAACGUAACCAUUAGUUUUCACCUGAGGACUCAGGCACAGACUGGGGGCGGAGGCUGAGCUCUCUCUCUCCACCACUUAGGAUUUUGGACACUGCCCCCCAGCCCGUAGCCUGCUGUCCCUCCGGCAGUUACCUGAACCAGCUCUCCUGCGGAGUGACACGCUCCCCUGCCCACCUCCUGUCCCGUUCCUUUUGUGCCUUUGAGGCCCCCUAAGGCUUUCCCUCAUGAAAAUACAAAAAAACAGGCAGGAAUCCACAAAAUAGAAAAACAUCCCACCAUCUUUGUGGAGCUUAUAGAAACACUAUUCCCAGUUUUCACCGGUAGUCACAGCCUGCUUCUAAUGUAUCUUCUCCACGGUCUUGUUCUUCUCGCUCACCUUUCCUGGGUAGUAACUCUCGAGAACACCUGCUUCCCUCUCCACCAGCAGACGCCAGGACCACGGCUGGUCCACACAGCACCUUUGUGUGCAUUAGGAAACACUCCCUCUGCACCUCCACCACCCCGUGGGCAGGUCGGUGGCCUGGCUGAGGGAGCUCAAGCGGGAUUUCGUCCUUGCUCGCCCACUCCACCAGGAAGCGACCACCACGCUGAACACACCCGCAGGGCGGCCCCGGCUCUGUUGUCCUCACUUUAAGACCGCUCCUUCCUUAGGGAAUUCAGUAGUGCAGUGAAUGAAACUGGGGGGCCAUUAUUAUCUGAAAAAGACUUGAGUGAGAUUUCCAUUUUGUUGGUUAGUUGGAACUUUCGGAUUUUUUUUUACACGUGUGAAAGACUAUCUUCUGAUAGGUGGGAUUGUAAUUCUUUGUAGUUGGUUCUCAUUACAGAUAAUCAACAUUUCUUAUGUCUAAUUGAAUACAUAAUCAUUAAGUUGGCUAAUUGGUUAAUUUUUAUUGAAAUUUAAAACUUGGGUUUUUUUAUAUGUGUAUAUAUGCGUGUGUGUACACAUAUAAAUAUUUUUUACCAUACGAAAACUGCAGUAGCUAAUUUUCUGAUUUCCUAUUUUAUAAUGAAAUUAUGUGGGCUGGAAAAAUAUAAGACAUUUUAUAUUCUAGAAAUUAUUUUGGAAGCACAUUUUUAUAAUGGUGUGAUCUCAUUUUUAGAAAAUGAAAGCACAAGUAAGUGAUGAAUCUUGAUUUAUAUGAACAAACGAGUAGAAACUCCUGAGGAUCAUUUCGUUGCAGUAUUUCAUCCCUUUGCAUUUCUAGUUGGUGCUUUUUGGGAAAUGGAUCCUGUGUACCACUUCACCACAUAGAGGAGAGUGCCCUGAAGUGUGAGCCGCGUGUAGAUGUGUAUCCUGCCGGCACGAUGGAAGGCUCCCAAGACACUGAGAAGGGAAGGCUGUGAUUUUUUUUUUCUUCCUCCUUCUAUACCUCACUGCUUGGUAGCAUCUUUCUCGAGAGGCUAGAGCAUGACCUUUCAGGAAAGAUGACCAUGAAUCAGGUCAGAGUGUUAAGUAAGUGUCCACAUGAAAUAUACUUUGCAGCAUCAGCCGCUUUUCAAGUAUUACCUAAAAGUCCGCUUAUGUAACUUAUAUGGAGCUCAAUUUUAUAAGUAGACUAUGUAAGUUUUUUGGGGAUUUCCAGAGCUACAGUACCUUUUUGAGGCAUUGAGAAGGCUCCUGAAAACUCAUAAAAAAUGAGAAAGCAAAACAUGUCUGUCCUCCCUAUAUGAAGAACUUUAGGAAAUAGCUUGUUAACAUGUAGGUAAGUGUCCUGAAACAUUUCUAACAAAAUUGGACAAGGUAGGGGUAGAAUUGUGUUGAGUACUUACAUACCCCAUCUUGAUUUUGAAGGACCUGUACUCACAAUUUUUUAUUAAUAGUACUUACUAAUAAAAUUUUAAACUUAUUUCUUAAGAGUUUCUUACUUUUGGGGGUCAGAAAUGAGACCAUCUUGUUAUAGCUAUGACAGAGUGAAAAUUUUUAAAAAAAUGACUCAUAGUCUCAUUAUAUUUUACCCAAAUUUUUGUCCCCUGCCCAAAACAUUUUGUGAGCCCUACCAUGGGCCAAAUGCUGUUUGUUAAACUAAACAUAUAUUAACCCUCAAGAGCUCCAUCCCUCUUUCUUCACAACCUACUAAGUAAAUCAUCCCAGGAAACAAAGAUGUAACAUUGCUCGGCCUUUGGAAUAAUUUUUGAAUCUGUAAAUGUCUCUGAGCAGAAAACAAAACAUUGCAUAACGCGUUUUAAGCAUUAUUGUAAGUCCUGUGUUAACGGUGUGUUUGCUGCUCUGGUUUUGAAACACGUUUGUACAUAAAGAAGUUGGCGUAAAUUUUGUUAAAUAAAGCAACUGUAAAAUGUU